UUUGCCCGCUCCUCUCCUCCGCCAGUCCCUCCACACACCACAGGCCACUGUCUCUUUAAGUUCCCUCCCGCACUGUGCUGACAGCUGCUCCCUGCUCCCCCUCCCUCCCCUGGCUCUGUCUCUCUGUCUGUCACAGCAGCUCUGCUUGGGACCAACCCGCACACCACCGCCAUCCCCCCCUUCCCUCUCCAUCCCCCCCUCGCCCCCUUGGUUACCAUGAGUCUUCCUCGAGGGGAGCGCCUGGAGGGAUCCUAGCCCUGCUGACCCUCCCCAUCUGUGUGGCCCCCCCUCCUCUUCCUCCUCCUUCUCCUCCCCCCUCAACCCUGCAGCCUGAGCGAGAUGUUUCACGCCUUGGUAGCAGGGGGCAUUGUCUUCCCCGGCCUCUUCUUGUUGUCCAAGAACGGCCUUAAGUGGCUGCCAUGGCUGCGAUGGGAGGAGGCCGACGCGGUCAUCGUCUCCGCCAGGUUUGUCUCCUCAGUGCAGGCCAUCAUGGCUUCCACGGUCGGCUACAUCGUCUCCUCUUCCUGCAAGCACAUUAUCGACGACCAGCACUGGCUGACCUCCAGCUACACCCAGUUUGCCAUCCCCUACUUCAUCUACGACAUCUACGCCAUGUUCUUGUGCCACUGGCACAAGUACCGGGUCAAAGGGCACGAGUCGGCCGGCACCCGGACGCUGCGCACCGUCGUCCGCGCCUACUUGAACAAGGAGUUGCUCAUGGUGGUCCACCAUCUCUUCAUGGUGCUGGUUUGCUUCCCCAUGUCUGUGCUCUGGCGCCAGGGCAAGGGCGAUUUCUUCCUGGGUUGUAUGUUGAUGGCUGAGCUUAGCACCCCUUUCGUCUGCCUCGGCAAAGUCCUCAUCCUGUACAAGCAGCAACACACCCUUCUUCAUAAGGUGAAUGGAGUAAUCAUGCUGAUCACAUUCUUCUGCUGCCGGAUCCUGCUCUUUCCUUACAUGUACUGGGUAUACGGGCACUAUGCCGGCCUGCCCCUUUAUCGCGUGCCCUUCUCCAUCCCCGUCGAGUACAACUUGGGAUCGGCCAUCCUCAUGGCGCCCCAGGUUUACUGGUUUGGCCUCAUCUGCCGCGGCGCUUUCCGCGUGUACCGCUCCCAGGGCGCUGCCAAGGAUCAGGUGCUGCGAAAUGGGCACAGACCAGAGACGCAGGCGCUGGACUGAUGAUACCUCUCCCUCCUCAGCCACAGACGGACAGACCACAUUUCCUCUAACUUAUUUAUUUAUUGGGGUAUGGGAGG